CUGCUGGCUUGACUGCUGGUCCAUUUGAAGCUGGCGGCAGCAGACAGACUGCGGAGCGGGGCCAUAUGGAGCAUGCAGCGGGAAGAAAGGAGCUUUCUGUCGGGCUGUCCGGAGGAGUUGGUGAAGACAGCGUAUGAUAGCGGUUGAGCAGAGUUAACAUCUGGGUCGUGCACAGCGUGGAGACUAUUCGCCACAAAUGAUCAGGAUGUUAUGUGUUCUCCAACUAUGAACAAGCUGCAACAGGAUCCGAGGAAUACAGUCCUCUGACAGGGUGAGCCAGGAGUAGCAGCUCAGGACUGACCGCUGCCAUGACAACGCAAAAGGCCCGAGGUGUAGCUCCAGCUUCCCCUCCUGCCCCGCGGAGGUCUCGCUUCACCUUACGUGGCCGGAAAAAGAAAGACGGGGUAAUCCAAGGCAAGCUUCGCAUGCGCUCCAUCCCCGGAGCCUUCCUGCUGCUGGGGGUCUUGGUGGUGGUUGUUGGCACCGCUCUGGCCGUGGCAGGAUACUGGCCCUACCGGAUAUCCAGGUCCUCCAUCCUGGGAGCUGCAGAGGGGGAGAGUAUCUCUGAGUCGCAGACUUCUGGCUGGAGUCUGGGAGCUAAGGGCCUCCUGUCCUCAGCAAGCCUGGUGCACAGUGACCGGAUGAAGCUGCUGGGACCAGUCAUCAUGGGGGUGGGGCUCUUCAUCCUCAUAUGUGCCAACACAGUCCUGUACGAGAACCGGGACAGAGAGACUCAAAUGCUGCUGGCUCAGAUGCGCAGUGUCCUCUGCUCUGUGUCGGCGGCUGUUCCCUCAGCCGACUUUCAAGAAAUAGCAGUAGCCAACUCUAUGGCCAGACACUACCAGUGGGUCAACAGUUUACCAGCUGCUCAUCUCAACAUCCUGUGUGUGCAGCAGCUGGCCAGCUCGGAGCCCCUGCUCCGUACCACACAGCCCGGAGAGCAGGAGGACAGGGUCUACCAGCAGGCUGUCCUCCAGACAGAAGCCCUCCACCACCAGGAGUCAGAUCCCUCACCUUCCCUCUACUCCUCCCACUCCAAUUCAUGUAACUCCAGUCAGACGGACUGUGACACACAGUGUGGUGCUGAGCACGGGGGUCAGCAGCCGGCCAACAGCUGCCUGCUGUCUGCCAGCUCCAUGUCCACCCUGGACCAGGGGGAUGUCCCAGCGGUCCAGCCGAGGCGCUGCCACAGUCUGAGCUACAGGACUAAGCCUUAUAUAGCUUGGACUGAUGGACUCCACACACGCAGAGAGGAAGGAAACAUAAAUCAGCCGGCAGUCACACGGAGAGAUGCUCCUUCACAGGUUUAUGUCGACAUGCCUUGGCAGGCCGUUGAUGCUGCAGAGGAGCAAACGCGCCGGAGCUGGCCUCGGCUGGACCUGGGCAGCGGGAGACGAUACCUGAAACUAGAGAACAAAGAGGACUCAGUGGACAGACUGUUGGACCAGUUAGAGCAGCAGUGCUAUCAGUGGGAUAAGAGUUUUGGCUCUGGGCCUUUCCAGUGAUAGCCUGCUUUUCAUUGUCCUGAGGGAUACAAGCACCGUGACAACCAAGGAUCGUAAUGAUGUUUUCCCCUGGAUUCUAAAACUGCACUGCAUUUGUGUUUUUCCUGCGCAGAGAGAAAAUAUGCCCUGGAGCAUUUGGAGUACAGUAUUUCUCACAAAGAUCUUCCAAAACUCAUUCUCAAUCUUCAGUGGAAUAUUGAUACACAGAUGGUCUUUGCUUGUCUUCCAAUUUUGUUUUUGGCAGAUGUUUUUAUAUAAAUGAAGGAACAAUGUGCUAGACCCUACACUGUCACAGAUGAGCAAAGCAUUUUGACAGACUGUUUACUUCCACAGCUUGAGUUGGCAGCAAUGCGAGAAAUCAACUUGAAUCUCAAUGCCAAAAUAUCAUUGCCUGGUUCCAGGACACAGUGUGCACAGACUAGUCAAGGACUGAUAGAAGAGGGAUUGUUUUCACUGUGCAAUCAAUCCUGGGCCAAACUACCUGGACCACUGAGUCCAUAAAGUGCUGUCAGCUCUCCACUAAUGCAACUGCUAUAUAACGAUGGGAUUUCUUUCCUCAGCUGAGGUCCCAUACACCAAAUGCAAUGCAUGGCACUGAUGUACAGUAUGUCACAUCUUAAUACUUAUGCAGAGUUAUGUCAUUGUGGUUUUAUGUGUAUGAUAAUGAUAGUUAAUAACUACUUGGGUCUUAUUUUGUUGGUUUGGCCACUAUUUCUGCACACAUCUGUUAGACUAUCCAAUUGUGGUUUCUCGAGGGUUGCCGAUGGGUCAUCUGAUCUUCAGUCUGACGGGCUUCAACACCAAAUUGGAAGGAACAUAUUAUGGAUAUGCGGAUUGUCUUUCUCUUUCAUUAAUGGAACUACGCCGGCUCUGCUGUACUGCCUUCUGAUUGGCUGACGUGCUGACAUGCUUCUGUGAUGAUAGCAUCUUGCUUCGGUAGUUCAACGCAUUCAUUUUUGUUAUUUUCUCUCACUUUUCUCAUUCACUCAUAGUAAACACUUUUUAGUGACUUUCUCGCCAAUUCCCCAGUUGUUCCCCAGCUUUGUUAGCUACUAUAGUUUAGCAGUCAGGCGUCUCUCUCUCAGUUUCCGUCUCUCUGAUGAUCAGCAGGUUAAAUGUUUAGGUAUUCCUCUUCCUCCUAAUGUGAUCAUUGUUGUAAUAACUGUAGUUUGUCGUGUUGGAGGCAAAACUCUACUGAUGACAUUACCACAGACCAUAGAAACCAUAGAAAUUCUGGGUAAUAAUGAUUGUUUUGUGUGUCCUAGCAACUGUGUUUGCACUUAGGGCCCUUGGUAACACAGGCACACACAGCUGUGUGUGAGCAGCCCAAGAACACACUUUUUUUUGUGCACAACAACAUGGCCAAGGAACCUUCACACAUGUGUUACACUUCUGUUUACAUGAUAUCAACCACAGUUGAGUUCAGUUUUUCUCUGUUUACACCAUCAAACUUUAUCUUUAAGAGCCAAAACAAAAACCAAGGGAGGGAAUAUAACCUCAAGACAUGAUAAUCUAA